AUGAGCGCGUCGCAAGCGACUCGCGCUCUCUUUCUCGUCGCGCUGCAGGCCUCGAGCGUCCGCGCGCUGGCCGUACGAAGAUCGGCCGUCGAAAGCUCCGCGCGGCGCGGCGUCGUCGCGCUCCUUCCCGCGACAGCAUUCGCGCCCACACCCACCGCUGCCGUGUCGCCGGACGGCCUCGAGUUCAAGGAGCAGGGCGGCGUCCAGUACGCCGACGUGUCGCCCGGCCGCGGCGACGCCGUCGUCGGCAAGGACAGCCGCGUGACCGUCGACCUCGUCGGGCGCCUCGUCGGCCGCCAGGGCUGGACCUUCGAGAACACGAGGGACGACGACGACCCGUACCGCCUGAGCCUCGGCCGCGGCGACGUCAUCGAGGGCCUCGAGGCCGGGCUCCAGGGCAUGCGCGUCGGCGGCGUGCGGCGCAUCGUCGUCCCCAGCGCGCUGGCCUACGCGGACCGGAGCCAGGAGCCGAUCCCGCGGUCCUUCGCGUUCCAGCAGCGCCUCUACUCCACGGUGCUCAACGACAACCGGCGGAGCCGCGAGGCCGCGGCGCUCGGCGCGGACCUCGUCGGCAAGGUCAUGUUCGACGUCAAGGUCCUCGCCAUCCGCCCGCCGAGGUAA